AUUUCCUCUUCCAUUUCUUCUCCUACUUGUUGGCUUCUAUCUCCUGUUAAUUAAUUUCUCAAGAUUAGUAGUAAAAGGGUAGGGUAUUAGUGGCGUGAUUAAUUUGGCGGGAGCAGCGAUGAGAAGUGGCGGGAGCGGCGGCGGCGGCGGCGGCAAGCUGGUGAGCUGGCUAUGGCGGGCGCCGCGCCGGGCGCUGUGCCGCGCGCGGGACUUCUACGUGCGGAGCAUCACCGGCUGCGCCGGCCACCUCCCGCCGGACGCCGCCUUCGGCUACGGCUACCCGACGUUCGCCGCCCCGACGACGCCGACCAUGUCGAGGAACAGCAGCUUCGCCUCCUCCCGCUACUCCGCCGGCGGCGGCGGCGACGACGACAUGCGCGAGCUCGUCCGCGCCGCGUCGCAGAGGCUGGCGGCGGAGCGCGCCGCCGCGGCCGCGGAGCCGGCGACCGUGCCGCGGAGCCAGAGCGUGGCCAUGGCGAGGAUCGACGAGGACCGGCCGUGCGAGUUCGCCGGAGUUGGGCUGGUGUUCCCCCGGAGCCAGAGCUGCGCCGUGGGCGCCGGCCGCGUCGGUGGGCGGAGGGGGAGGGUAGCUGCCGUGGCAUGAACCACCGCCGCCGAUCGCCGCCGGCGAUUCUUGCGUGCGGUGAGGCGUAGAACGAAAGCGAAGGACACGAACACACGACGUGUUCUUGUUCAAAUUUCGAUGUUUUCUUUUUCUUCUGCUCCAAAAUUUGCAGCUGCGAUCUGUAAUUCUUGUUGUUUGCCACUAUUGAUCUUCAUUUUUUUAUAUUGUUCUUGUUCAUCUGUAAACAUCCCAUUAAGAAGAACAGAAUUAAAUUACUCGUUUGGUUGGCUUGGUCGACCGAGGUAAAAAA